AUGAGUUUUGCUUUUCGAGGGAGUCGGGGUGAUAUUGAAAGCGGAUUUUCAGAAUAUGUUCCUGAAAGAACCUCAAUGCGAGUUCAUCCAUCUCGGUCGGCUCAUAGCAACUCUCUAGCUUUUCUUAUUACGGUUAUUUUGGUAUUCAUGAUAUUAAACUCCCCUCAGAUGUCACAUUAUUUUUUGCUCUGGAUAGUACUGGCUAUCUUCGUGAUGGCUACAAGUCUGAGAAUAUAUGCAACAUGUCAACAGCUUCAAGCACAAGCCAGGGCUCAUGCUGCAGCAGCGUCUGGGUUGCUUGGCCAUGCUGAAUUACAUUUUCAAAUGCCACCAUCUAUUGCAAUUGCAAGUAGAGGAAGAUUGCAGGGACUUAGACUUCAGCUCGCACUUCUGGACCGAGAAUUUGAUGAUCUAGAUUAUGACACUUUGAGAGCUUUAGACUCUGAUACUGCUUCUAGUACUCCUUCAAUGACUGAGGAAGAGAUAAAUGCCUUGCCUAUUCACAAGUAUAAAGUCUCAGGCCCAACAAAAGAUGGCUUCACCGGUUUAACAUCCUCUUCAGAGGCAUCUGAGAGUAAAGAAGACUCUAAAAGAGCAGAGAGAAGUGUCAAAGGUUCAGAAGAUGAGCUGAUAUGUACUAUAUGCUUGGACCAAGUUACGAGGGGGGAACUUGUGCGUAGCUUGCCGUGCUUGCAUCAGUUUCAUGCCAACUGCAUCGAUCCAUGGCUUCGACAACAAGGAACAUGUCCUGUGUGCAAAUUUAGGAUGGGGACAGGAAGGCAGGGAAACACCGAUAGCGAGUCAGGUGAUUCAGAUGUUUUGUAA